AUGUCGAGUGACUACAAGCUCUAUGACUAUGAGCCCUCUGUCGUCGCUGCUAUUAUCUCUGCCGGGCUGUUCGCUGCAACCUCCCUAGUGCAUCUUUUCCAAUUGAUCCUUGAAACCUUUGGAUACAUCGCACGAUACUUCAGCGCCAGAGAGACCCCCGAUUGGACCGUGAAACCCUACGUCGGACAAGAACUGCUUCUCCUUCUAGCCCCCGCCCUAUUUUCCGCCUCCAUCUACAUGAUCCUGGGCCGAAUCAUCCGCCUCCUCGACGGCAGUUCACACUCUUUGAUCCGGCCAUCAUGGCUGACCAAGAUAUUCGUGACCGGCGACGUACUCUCAUUCUUCAUCCAAAGUGGCGGCGGCGGAAUGAUGGCCUCUGCCAAAACCCCCAGCAAGAUCUCUUUGGGUAAUAACAUCAUUGUGGUCGGUCUUAUCGUUCAAUUGGUCUUUUUCGGCUUCUUCAUCAUCGUCACUGUGGUAUUCCAUCGCCGUAUGGCUGCUUCGCCCACUGAAGUAUCCUUGACUUUCACACCGCCGUGGCACACUUAUAUGCGCAUUUUGUACACGGCUAGUGUUCUGAUCAUGAUACGGUCCAUCUACCGUGUGGUGGAAUAUGUGCAGGGCUCGGAGGGCGUUUUGAAACAGAGUGAGAUGUUUCUGUAUAUUUUUGAUACCCUGUUGAUGUUCUUGUGUUGUGUUUUGUUCAAUGUCAUGCAUCCGAGUCGCAUUCUCUCGGCUCGUCCAAAGUCUUAUGGCAAGAUGAUGGACAUGGAGGAGGAUCAGGUGGAGAUGCUGCGCCCGGAGGCGAUGAAAAAUUUUUGA